ACCAUAAGGGUUCGGGUUCGUAGCUUGAUAACAUACAAAUCCAUCCAUGGACAUAUAAUAAUUGGUUAUAUUCUUUUCUGUUAUUCUGCACUUUCAGGUGACCAAGAUAUCGAAGGUCUCACUGAUAAGGUGCUUCCCCGCCGUCUUGGACCCAAGAGAGCAACCAAGAUUCGCAAGCUUUUCAACCUAACUAAGGAAGAUGAUGUGAGAAAAUACGUCAUCACUCACGAGCGGGUCCGUGAAGGAAAGCCAACUCGCAUUAUCGCACCCAAAAUUCAAAGACUCAUCACACCCACAGUCAUUGGAAGGCGAAAGGCUCUGCUAAGAAAGAAGAUUCAACAACGUCAGAAGUCUCGUGAGGAAGCUGCUGCUUAUCACAAGUUGAUGACUAUGUAUGCUAAGGAGAAGAAGGACGAGAAGGUUGCGCGCAGGAGAUCCUCUGCCUCAAGGUCUUCAGAGUCUUCGGAAAAGAAGGCGAAGGCUGCCAAGAAGUAA